GUGAAAUAUUGACUCGCAUGUGCUCGAUGCUCCACUGCCCAACACGAUCUGAUUCGGACGAUCGAUGACAAAAUCGUCUACCAUAUAUAUAUACACAUAUUGGGAGACAAUUAAAGGGGAAAGGCCGUGCGUUCUCGUGUGUCUGUGACGUCAGCUAAUAAAAUUUAUUGUAUAAUUAUAUUUUGCCGCGAAAGCUUACUAUCGAAACGUCACUCUAAAUCGCUUAUUGCUACAGGAUUAAGUGCGUUUGUAUUUAUAUGGAAAAGGAGGACUGCGUCGCUUGCUAAGAUCAUUGCCUAUUUAGAAGCAGUCCGAUAUCGUUUGUGUCAUUAUUUUCUGUUUUUGUGUGCGUGUUUACGUGUUCUAUUGUGAUUGGUGAUUGAAGAAGCGGUGGUGUGGAUACUUUGAGAUCGGUUUCGUGUAACUGCUUGUGCCGAUUGGAUAACUCUAGUCGUAGUAGUUAGUUUUGUAGCGGCAAGCACAGACAGUAGCUAGUCGCCUACCGUCAGGAGAAGUUCCUGCUUAACAUGUGUGUGUGAUCAUGCUGCGUCAAAGCACUGCCAAUCUGACGACAACGGCGUCAACGUUGCUGUUGGUCGGUAUCCUAUCGGUUCUCAUGAUUGCCCCGAGCGCUUUCUUUCACUCCAAUGGUGUCGACGCCGCUAGUAUCAAAGAUGACCGGCCAAAGAUUACGCGGCAGCCACAAGAUAUCGUUGUAUUGAGAGAUGAUCCGGCCCAAAUGACCUGCGGAACGGAAGGCGCUAAAAAAGUUCAAUGGUUCCACAAAGGCCGACCCAUUAAAGGAGACAGAGCAACGACAUCAUUUUCCGGAUCUUCUCAAAGCGGAGUCCUUUUUUUCUUAUCAGUGGCUACGCAAGACACGGGCGUCUACUGGUGUGAAGCUGUCAGCAAAACAGGCCAAACUACGAGAAGUCAAAAUGUCACCCUCAGCAUAGCAUAUCUGCGCGAAGAGUUUCUAGCGGCUCCCUCUGAUAUCGAAGUAGCCUUGGGAGAGACUGCCGUGUUGCAGUGCGAGCCUCCAGAGGGCGUACCAACGCCUACCGUUGCGUGGUUCAAAGAAGGCCAACCGGUAAAUGUUGGUUCAAAGGUGAAUCGUCUCAGGCUACAAGAAGGUUCUAGCAGCAAUUUAGUUAUUCAAGAUGUCCGAUCUACAGACCAAGGAAAUUAUAUCUGCAAGGCUGAUAAUAUGGUCGGCAGCAGGGAGACACCUGCUGCUAAGCUUAUCGUUAAAAGUAAACCAGUAAUCGUACAGCGACCAGAGGACACAACCGUAUCUGACGGCAACGUUGUGCGUCUUGAGUGUUCUGCAACCGGAGACCCCCAACCUACGAUUCGAUGGACCCACAAUGAUAAGGACGUGAAAGAGUUAGCUUCCACAUUCUCAUCGAGUACAAAGGUCCUGAGUAACAGAUCAGGCGUCUCAUCAACACUCGAAGUUAUAAACCUUCGUCCCGAUGAUCAGGGGGAGUAUUUGUGCGAAGUUUCAAAUAACGUCGGAACUGUCAAAGCAUCCGCUCGAGUCAGCAUUCAAUCACGCCCACUUUUCCGUCAGCGCCCACUGGACCAGCGGGUGGCAUUGCAUUCGACGGCAGUUUUGCACUGUGUAGCCUUUGGUAGUCCCUCACCCAGCAUAUUCUGGAGCCGCGAAGAUUCCAGCGAGCAGGAAAGGCUAAUGUUUCCAAAUAAUACAUACGGAAGGAUCACUGUUGAUAUUGAAGGCACUUUAACGGUGACAGAUGUCACAAAAGAAGAUGAGGGAUUUUAUGUGUGCUCGGCGCUUUCAGCGUUGGGUUCGAUAACGGCCAGGGCCCACCUGGAAAUCUCCACUCUAGGGGACACUCCUCCACCAUUGAUCUCAGUUUUACCUGUUAACCAAACAGUGCCCGAAGGUGAAUCUGUAACGGUGCACUGCAAGGCUGAGCCAGCAUCAGCAGGCUCUAGUGCGCCCAAUAUUCGAUGGCUCUUCAAUGAGAAGGAAAUCGAUGAAGAAGACGACGAUCGAAUCACCGUCGAAGACACCUCGCUUACAAUUCAAGAUCCGGUAUCCGAUGAUAGUGGACUUUACACUUGCAUUGCGUGGGGUGACGGCCGUGAGACGAGACGGAGCGCUUCACUCAAGGUUCUUCAAGUGGGUCAAAGCAGGACGGCCUUUGCUCGCGCUCCGAUGCCGAGUCGGUUGCCGUCUGCCCCUACUAAACCAACCAUAUCGGCCAUAGACGACACCUCGGUGAGCCUCGCUUGGGAGGACUCAGAAGAAGCAAGCUCAGAUGAUGAUGAUGAUGAUGAUGAUGAAGAUAGCGUCGAAGAAUACUCCAUCGAAUGGUUUAGCCCUGACCUUCAAAGUGGGUGGGUUAUUGCGGCCGAUAGAAUACAGGAAAGAAAAUACACUGUCACCGGACUCCGACCCGAGACUCGGUAUGUGUUCACGGUUCGAGCGAGGAACAACUAUGGACUUGGUAGAACUUCGCCGAUAUCCAAACUGGUGACAACUGGUGGGGGCACAAUUUCAUAUACGGAAUCAGGACAGCCGCUGAGCAAGUCGCACGCAGAACUCAAUAGCAUCGAGGUAAAAAUUAGAAGUGCCAAGGCAAUUAACUCCACAGCCGUUAACCUCGACUGGGCAAUCAUUGGGGACCGAGAGUACAUUGAGGGGUACUACAUCUGGUUCAGAGAUAUAUCUGCCGCCGAAGACAAGUACAGCAUGGUUACCAUCUGGGGAGGCAAGAGAAAUCGAUUUACUCUGAAGGAUCUCAAUAAGUUUACUCGCUACGAUAUCUUUCUCGUUCCGUUUCUAAAAACGCUAAAGGGCCCGCCAAGCAACAUUAAAACCGUAACAACUUCUGAAGAUGCGCCGUCCGGUUCCGUGCGCGACAUAUCGGUCAAUGUCGCUAACUCGACCAGUGUGUGGGUUCAGUGGAAAGCACCUUUAACCCAUCAGCAGAACGGAGUGCUGCAAGGAUACAAGCUGAUAUUGCUCGGUGAAGUGGAGACGGCCAAUCGUAAUGUGCUCACAAAUCAGACUCACUUUGUCUUCAUCAACCUGAUCGACAAGAUGCGGUAUAGGCUGCAAAUACUUGCCUUUACUUCGGUUGGCGAUGGACCUCCGAGUCACUUUGUCGAGCUAUCGACGGAUGAGAACUACUUGAAGCAUCUUGCAGCCGACGCCAAAGAUAAGGAACCGUGGCUAGUAUUGUUGCUUUCGGCGGUACUAUGCUUUAUUCUGAUCACGAUCAGUUUGGGCAUUUUAUUCUUUUUAUGUAAACGCCAACGAGAUCUCAAGGCGGUCACUGUCUCAUCUGUACCCGUCUCCAAAGGCGGUGACGCCAAUCAUCUCUUUGCCUCGCUUAACAACCCAGUCGGGGCUCAAAAUUGGAGUCAGGUAUAUAGCUGCGUAGAUGCCACGAAAGAGAAAGAGGUGUUAUACGAAAAUAAAGUUAUGAACAUCCUCGAUGGCGUUAAAUAUUGCACUGAGUAUACCCCUUUAAAUCUCCAACGAGAGGAGGGCGAAUAUGCCGAAGUGGGCGGACAGCAGAAGCUAAACACAUUCGCUGGGGCUUUCGCUGGCUUCCCGCAUGGACAUGCUCCGACCUUUCCCGAACCGUACGCAUCCACCACCAUUCUUGCUAAUCUACCGGUCAAUCCCGGCCACCAGCGCCUGCCGGAGUCCCUUCUCCAUGGAAAGUCCCAGCCAGGUAGACAGUCGGUUAGGUCGAUACGAUCGAAUUGCGGCGGAAGUAAUGGUCUUGUGCAUCCUCCGUCUCCCCACGAGCUUGAGGGACUUCUACAGGCGCGAAAGUCUUUUAGCGAUGCGAGCAACAACGGAGACUCUUCCAGUUUCAGCACAAGAAGUGGAAGGUCAAGUCGUAGCAGUGGCCGUGCACGAGUCUCUGGAAGAUCGAGAGCCCAUCAUCAACAACAGCAGCAUGGGGUCAGUCAUCAGAUUGGUACCAGUGGACCGAAGGCUAUGGCGAUGCGGAAUCUAGACUCGGUCGGAUUCAGUGCGGGCGGUGGGGGUCAUUCAGAUAGUACCUCAGUCUCUGAGGAUGACUCAACGGGAGUUCACUCGUGGAGUCGCACGAGUACCGGGGGCCGUCGUAGGGACGAGGAGCCAAUCUACAAUUGUGUACCCGAAGAACAACAGACUACUAGUGAUAGCCUUUUUCGCGGUGGCGGAUCAGACGGUUCAGAGCAUAACAACAGUAUUGUCGGCAGUGUGGACACUGGCGUUGUUCUGUCCUCGGGUCAGGGAACGGCGAGCAACAGCUCUAGAGACGAUGAUAUAAUGGUCCCUAAAUAUAGUCGAUCACUCUGUACGCCACUUAGCAAAAAAAAGGUCCUUGACCUCGUCCCUGAGGCGUCUCUCGGCUUAAAUGACAGCUGUAGCACAACUAGUGGUAUUAGGUAAAUGAAGAAAGGGAAAUUAUGCAAAUCUGCGGGUUAAAUGUAGUAAACAAGAAAUUAUGUGAGAAAAACCAAUAGCCAGAUAGUAGGAGGAGACUACUAAUUCAACUCGCUAUCUAUAUCGAGAGAAACACAAUGCCAUCAAUAGGCGCAGCUGGUAUUGCAGAACUCUCGACGCUAUGAUGAAUUUAUCAUACCGAACGAAGCAAUUGCGGUACGCAUACAAAAACAUUAGAAUGAUCAAGAAAUGACGCAAACGCAGUGCACGGUCGUGGACGACGUUUGUAAAUGAUUGUAGGGUAACAAUCGGCUAGUGUUUAAGACGGAGGUGAAACGUAUGGGCGAUUGGUAAGUCAAGAUAAGCCAUCGGGAGAAAGGCAAGUUUUGCUAAGAAUCUUUUUCUCUAUUACGUUGACGCGGUGCUUUGGACGGCCAAGUCUACGACUAAGGGUCGCUACCUCGGGUCCCGCCAACGGCAUAUACUACACAACCUGUGUGAAUAAAUAAACUUAUUUUUCUCUAUUACUAGGCCUCAUGCAGCACGAAAGUUGGUAAAAUAAGGCCGAUUUUGUUGUGUUUUUCGGGCCAGCUCCAUUCUCUCAGCGUCCUGCUGUCAGGGCCCUUUCUCUCUGAAUGUACAUAUUCUAGAAAUGGAUGACUGAAAUAUUUACGGAUCUCCAGACUUGUAAAUAUACAUACUGUAUAGAAAAUUGGUCGUGCGUGAACGAUGCCUGUUACUCGACAGCCUCAACCAUAGGUAGACAUGCGGCAUGUUGACAACCGCUCAUAGAUUUCUGUAUAGCACGUUAUUUAUUAUGUUGGCUUACUCGCAGGUAAAGUUAAUAAUACCACUAAUUAUAAUGUAUAUUAAGAAGUUAGCGAGAGGCAAUAAAAGCCUUUAAGAUAGAAAUGACAGUAGUGAAUGACAGAAUAUUAUAGAUAGCUCAUCGUCCCUAUCGGAUAUUAGAACUAUACACGUACCACAUUUGUGGGGAUAAGAAACGGCAGCAAGCUCCGCUAAAGCUGUGGACAAUCUUCGCUAGAAAAUUGUCCCAAUGCCCUUCAGUCAGAGAUUCAAGCCUGUUAUCUUAGUAAAGCGUUUUUUAUUUAGAAAGCGAUCGGUUUGCGACGAACUCCGUGGAAUGUUAGCGCUAUGAUUUUACUGAACGCUGACAUAAUCACCCAGAUAAUGACUUUUUAUUCAAUGUUUUCUUUUCAAGGAGAAGGAGAUGACCUUAAAAGAGUCCCGGUGAUAGCUGCCAGUAUAAAAAAAAACGUACUUGAACUAUGAUAAUAACUGAACAAAAACAAUUCCCAACUCAAAUCGUGUGUCUAUCACGAGUGUUUCUGAUGAAUAUUUUUCGGUCGUUACGGGCAUACGUGUUCUGUACGUGGCCAUUGACUUUCGUUUUCUUUCAACACGUUAGCGUCCAGUUAAAUGCGGAUGCCUUUCUAAGAAACGCUGGUAACAAACAGGAAACUGCCACACCGACAUAUCGGCCUUUGCUAACGAACAACUCGAGUGCCAUUAAACACAAAUUGCAUAGUAUGUAUAUAUUUAUAGAUGUAUGUAAGCAAGGUCGCUUGACAGCCCUAAAGAAAUCCAAAAGCCGCUUCAUGCCAAGAUCAUACCAUGAUUGCAGUUAGCCAUGUUAUUUGCCUAUACAGACCGUGCUAAUGGAGGUGGAUGGAAAUGGAAAAUCGUUCAUUGAUAGGUUUAAAUAAAACAAACUACCUGGUUGGAGAGAACGCUGAAUGGAUGAAUCAGUAAAGGAGUAGCUAACAUCAAGGUAAUGAUAGUCUUAUACAUAAUUCAACACUGUCAAUGUAAA